CUCACCUCCGACAGACUGAAGCCAGGACCGUAGACCUCUUUUUGUAACCCUAGUAAAAGCUGACAAACAUCAUGAAAACUUUCUUUGCAACCAUCAUCUUUGGCAUUCUCCUUGGAAUGGCAUAUGCUCUGACCUGCAACAAAUGCUCUGGACAAACUAGUUGCAAUCCGGUCCCAGCCACAUGCAAUAAUUCCCAAGUGUGUUUAACUGUAUCUGGUAUAUUUCAGAGUGCAGGUAUUCUGCAACACCUCUUUAUUAAGAAAUGUGGCCCCAAGCUACCAUACUGCAAUCAACUUGUAAGUGUGGAUAGCGACUUCGUAGAUCUGUCUGCUAAUGUUAAAUGCUGUGAGACAGAUCUGUGCAACUCCCAGGGAUAUAAUGUUGAGGUGGAAGAGAAGGAAAAUGGGGUUCAGUGCCCAGCCUGCCUUGGUCCCUCUGGGGACUGCAGUGACACGUUGACGACCAUGUGUAGUGGGAGCCGAAACCAGUGCAUCAGUGUCUCCAUGUCAUAUUAUGAUCCCACAGGGAAAUAUAUGAAUUUGCUGAUGAAUGGCUGUGCGAGUCAAUCUGCCUGCGAUGAAGAAUCUUUUAUACAGUUUGCUAGGUUUUACUCACUCAACUAUAAUAUAACAGCAUCUUGUACCAGUGGAUUCUGUCCCCAUGGAAACAUGUCCAUUCUUGUUGCAUCUGUUAUUCUGGCUUUCAAAGUCGUGUUUAUUUAAGGGAGGGGAUAGUACUGUUGCAGCCUGUGGAAUGUGUGCUGCUUCAUGUCAUUCUCUAAACAUCACGUGGGUUAUGAUUGUUAAUAAAACUUAGUAUAGUGCAUCAGUGCCUGUCCCACAAAAAUACAUAUACUCUGCUAUUCCUGCUGUGUUAAUACUAAUAAAAUUGAUAAAAGCCUC